CGAAGGGUUGUGCGUACUGUGCUCUUUGCUGUGUCUUUCCGCCGUUUAAAAAAAAAAGGGCACUUUUUGAAGAACCCGCAUCAAAGUAUUGUGGAGAAGCGUCGUGUUAAAUCUAAUUGAUGAACGGCAAUUUGUGAGUUCUGACGAGGACAGCUGAGUGAUGUUGUUGGUGAGCUUGGAUUAAAUCAUCUCUAAACAAAGAACUUGUCCUCGUGGUGACUGACUUGGGGAGUGGAGGUCAGUGAGCCCAUUGUCUCUGCUGGUCCGACUCCAACUACAAAGCCGGCCCGCUCGCCCCCUCCUGAGUCUGAGAGGAGAUCCAGACGCUCCUCCACUCCUCUCCGCCUCACUAUAUAAAGGGAAGGAAAACCACCAUCAGUCCAAAAUCGCCCUCAGCUGUUCUUACCAGCACCGCCCCGUCGAGCUCACUGCACCACUCCUCCCCUGCAGCCGCGCCCCGGACCACACCUCCACCACAAAGGUGUUGAUUGCAGCUGACAGUGUCUGCAGACUUUGAUAACUGUGUGUCACCCUCGUGGUUAAUCAGAGGGAAAUCUGAGUCAGUGUGGAUUUGGUUGUACAGCUCUCACACAUACAACCUGAACUGCACAUUCAUAGCGUCCCCAGGCACCUGAGACGUUUGGCAGAUGGUGAAACUGUUUAUCUUUGUGAGGAGAAAGAAGUGAAAGCAGGCCGAAACCUCAGCACAUGGAUGACAUCAACCAAAAACAUCCAGCACCAGAAAGUAAAGAUGAGCCAGCGGCGAUCCCUGUGGAAAAGACUUUUCCUGCUAUGAAGCAGCCCAGAAGACGCAAGCGCGCCAACGGGGAGGAGAGAAGCUUGAGCUGUGACCAGUGUGGAAAGACCUUUACUCUGAUUGGUAGCUUAAAAUCACAUCAGCUGAUCCACACCGGUGUGAAACCAUUCAGCUGUGAUCAGUGUGGAAAGUCUUUUACUCAGAUUGGUCACUUAAAAGCACAUCAGCUGAUCCACACAGGGGUGAAACCAUUCAGCUGUGAUCAAUGUGGGAAGACCUUUACUCAUAGAUGGAGCUUAAAAUUACAUCACGUCAUCCACACUGAAGUUAAAGCUUUCAGCUGUGAUCUGUGUGGAAAGUCUUUUACUCAGAUUGGUCACUUAAAAUCACAUCAGCUGAUCCACACAGGGGUGAAACCAUUCAGCUGUGAUCAAUGUGGGAAGACCUUUACUCAUAGAGCCAGCUUAAAAAGACAUCAGCUGAUCCACACAGGGGUGAAACCAUUCAGCUGUGAUCAGUGUGGAAAGUCUUUUACUCUAAAAACUCACUUUAACAGACAUUAUAUGAUCCAUGUUGGAGGUAAAUCAUUUGUCUGUGAUCUGUGUGGAAAUUCUUUUACUGGGAUUAGUAGGUUAAAAAUGCAUCAGCGCACCCACUCUGGAGUUAAAUCAUUUGUAUGUGGUGACUGUGGAAAGGCUUUUACUCACAUGACUGGCUUAAAAUCACAUCAGCGCACCCACUCUGGAGUUAAAUCAUUUGUAUGUGGUGACUGUGGAAAGGCUUUUACUCGUAUGACUUGCUUAAAAUCACAUCAGCGCACCCACUCUGGAGUUAAAUCAUUUGUAUGUGGUGACUGUGGAAAGGCUUUCAUCCAUUACAAAAGUCUAUUGAGCCAUCAAAAGACCCACAAAGUGUCCUCCUGUGAGAAAAGUGGCAGACCAAUGGGACAUUACCCUGACAGGGUUCAUUUGAACACAGUGGGAGAAACGGGGGAUCUGAACAAAAGUUCUUCUGGAUGCUGCGUAAAACUUAAAAAGCUUGAGAUCAGGCUUCACAGAAUUCAGCUUUAAUUUCCUGAGAAAGUCAGAGCUUCAC